AUGCGCAUUGAAUACGAUUACCUCUUCAAGCUGCUCCUCAUCGGCGACUCUGGCGUGGGCAAAUCGAGCAUUUUAUUGAGAUUCGCCGACGACACGUACACGGACAGCUACAUUUCAACGAUCGGCGUGGACUUUAAGAUCAGAACGAUCAAUCUGGAUGGGAAGAUGAUCAAGCUUCAGAUUUGGGACACAGCGGGCCAAGAACGUUUCCGCACGAUCACUUCCAGCUAUUAUCGCGGUGCCCACGGUAUCAUCGUCGUCUACGAUGUCACCGCGCUGGAAACGUUCAAGAACCUUGAGCAGUGGAUGCAAGAAAUCAAGCGGUACGCCACUGAUAAUGUGAACAAGCUGCUGGUCGGAAAUAAAUGCGACCUGGGCGAGAAGAGGGUUGUUCCCGAGGAAACGGGCAAGGAAUUUGCGGACAAACUGUCGAUGCCGUUCCUCGAGACCUCUGCCAAGCAAAGUACUAACGUUGAAGAGGCCUUCAUCACGAUGGCGUCGAGUAUCAAGGCGCGGAUGGGGCCAGUCGGGCAGACCUCAGACGCCCACCCGGCUGUCCGUAUCAAGGGUUCGAAGCUGAUCGAAGAGGACCGAGGACUCUGCUGCAUGUCGAUGAACAGCAGUCCCACAUCGCGUGCGAGCACCAAUGACUCGUCGCGCAACUGCUCGUCUCGGUCGAGCCCCGACAAGCAGCUGGUGGGGGGCGUCGUAGAAGCACCUCCCUCGGACAUCGACGCCAAUCUGCAGUUCUUUGUCGGGAACAAACUCGGCCUGGCCCCGCAGAAGCCGAGUGCCGAAGAGCUGGAACAAAAGCCCAGGCGCAGAUCGGUCGACUCCUACUUUGUCGGCGUGCACCGCUCGGCCGACGUUGAGCGCCAGCUGCGCGGCCCCAACGACUUUGUGUUCUACUAUCGCCAGCCCUCCUCGCUGAACAUCAGCCUCUACCUGUGCCUGUUCGUCGCCUAUCAGAGCACGGCCGGCAGGGUCUACCACUAUAAGGUGAUGACCAAGAAGACGAACGGGCAGAAGAAGUGGUUCGUCGACUGCGGCGAGGUCUCGCCCAAGGAGUUCAGCUCGCUGGAGCGACUGAUCAGCUCCUACACGACGUACUGCUACGCGGGGCCCGGCUUCGAGAAUCUCGACAUUUUCCCCGUCGAUCUGCCGCCGGACUGGGAGCUGCACUGCGACGAUGACACGACCUUC